GCUGUUAUUGAUUCAUUGCUGUCAGGCUACAGUAGCUGACUGUCUGCCUCUCACACUUCAUCAUCUCACCUCAUCUCGCACCACUCGCUCAACCAUGGGUCUCCACCACAAAGAGUUCGAGAAAGCUGGUAAGGUUGCUGGUCUCCAGAUAUGGAGAAUCGAAAAGAUGGAGCUGGCUCCAGUGCCUGCCAACCUACACGGGAGCUUUUAUGUUGGUGAUGCCUACCUGGUGCUUCACACCGUCAAACAGAAGAACUCGUGUUUUUAUGAUCUGCACUACUGGCUGGGUAAAGAAUGCACGCAGGAUGAAAGUACAGCGGCUGCCAUCUUUACAGUUCAGCUGGAUGACUACCUGGGAGGGAAACCGGUUCAGUAUCGUGAACUCCAGGGUUUUGAGUCCACCAGCUUCACCAGCUACUUUAAAGGAGGAAUCACAUACAAGUCGGGAGGUGUGGCAUCAGGAUUUCAGCAUGUGGUCACCAAUGAUCUUACUGCCCAGCGACUCUUCCACAUCAAGGGCAGACGCACCGUCAGGGCCACAGAAGUGCCUCUCACCUGGGCGAGCUUCAAUAAGGGCGACUGCUUCAUAGCGGAUCUGGGCGCGGUAAUCUAUCAAUGGUGCGGGUCAAUGUGUAAUAAGUUUGAGCGUGUGAAAGCUGCACAGGUGGCCGCCGGCAUCCGAGACAACGAGAGGAAUGGAAGAGCCCAGCUCGUGGUUGUAGAAGAAGGACAGGAGCCUCCUCAGAUGAGCGAGGUUCUCGGUAAGAAGCCUGACCUCCCUGAAGGUGAUGAUAAUGAUGACAUGGUUGCGGACAUUUCAAACAGAAAAUCUGCCAAACUUUACAUGGUAUCUGAUGCUACUGGGAAAAUGCAAGUGUCAAUGGUGUCACAAGAGAAUCCAUUCAACCAGACUGACUUGCUGUCGGACGAAUGCUUCAUUCUUGACCACGGAAAAAACAGGAAAAUCUUUGUCUGGAAAGGCCGCAACGCAAAUCCCAGCGAGAGGAAGGAGGCCAUGAAAACAGCCGAGGGCUUCAUCAAACAGAUGGGCUAUCCAGCGAACACACAGAUCCAGGUGCUUCCGGAGGGUGGAGAAACGCCCAUCUUUAAGCAGUUCUUUAAAGGUUGGAAAGAGAAGGACCAGGCCGAGGGUCUCGGGAGAGUAUACGUCACGGAGCGGAUCGCCAAGAUCCAGCAAGUCCAGUUUGACGCUUCAAAGCUCCACGAGUCACAUCAGAUGGCUGCUCAAUACAACAUGGUUGAUAACGGCUCUGGGAAAACGCAGAUUUGGAGGGUAGAGUGUGGUAAUAAAGUCGAAACCAAAGUUCCCGUUGACCCCAAUGCAUACGGGCAGUUCUAUGGAGGCGACUGUUAUAUAAUAUUAUAUUCCUACCCCAGGGGAGAGAUUAUCUACACUUGGCAGGGGUCCAGCAGCACGAUCGAUGAGCUGACAGCAUCUGCCUUUCUCACUGUUGAACUGGACCGUUCGCUGGGUGGAAACGCCGUUCAGGUCCGCGUGACUCAAGGAAAGGAACCGCCACACCUGCUGAGUCUCUUCAAAAACAAGCCUCUCAUUGUGUAUAAGGACGGUACCUCUAGACAGGGAGGACAGGCACCUGCACCCCCAACCCGCCUCUUUCAAGUGCGCAGGAACCUCUGCACCAUAACACGCAUUUGCGAGGUUGAAGUGACGGCGUCCAGUUUGAAUACCAACGAUGCCUACCUCCUGAAGUUGCCUCAGGGGAAUGGGUACGUGUGGAAGGGGAAGGGGGCCAGUGAGGAGGAAGAACAAGGGGCAAAGUAUCUGAGCGAGAAACUGAAGUGCAAAACCAAGCUUAUUAAUGAAGGACAAGAGCCAGAGGACUUUUGGAAAGCUCUGGGUGGAAAGGCCGAGUAUCAAAAAUCUAAGAUGUUGGAGAGUGAAACGACAGCACAUCCUCCUCGACUGUUCGCAUGCUCCAACAAAACCGGACGCUUCAUUAUUGAGGAGGUACCUGGUGAGUUUAACCAAGAUGAUCUGGCAGAAGAUGAUGUCAUGUUAUUGGAUGGCUGGGAUCAGGUGUUUGUGUGGAUUGGAAACGAUGCUAAUGAGGUGGAGAGGACUGAGUCUGUAAAAUCUGCAAAGACAUACAUUGAGACAGACCCAUCGGGACGGGACAAGGGGGCGCCUGUGGUGGUGGUGAAGCAGGGACACGAGCCCCCCACCUUUACCGGCUGGUUCCUGGGGUGGGAUGCUUCUCGAUGGGACGGCACUGUUGUGGCCGGAGUGAAAUCACUGCAGGUUAACUGAGGACUGCAGUUAUGCAAAUGAUGAACUCUGGAAAGAUGAAAGAGAUUGUUGGCUACUGAGGCAUGAUGAACUAGCUUGAACUAUUUCAUUUACAUUAUACAGAAGUUCUACACAGUAAAAAGUAGCUAAGAAAAAAUAUAGCUAAUCUGGCUUUCAAAAAAACGGCAUGUUACACAUAUUAAUGUUAAGUUUAUAAAAGCAUGGUUUCCAAAGACAACCCAAUUCAAAAAUUACAGAAGAAAUUCUUUUUUGUAAUUUUAUCUUGGUUUUUUAAAAGCACACAAGAGCCCUCUAGCGGUGAUCUGUGAAUUGCAACGCUUGAAGGUACAGUAAAUGAACGUUACAAUUUUACAGACAGAUUAAAAUGUAUUUGUUUGUAAUGUUGUACAAUUGCUUACACAGAUAUUGCCAUUUUAAACA